AGGUGGGCAGAUUGUACAUUAGUGGUGUUGCUGGAUUCAGCUGCUUUUUCCCCAGGGGAUCCCUGCUCAGCUUGGCCCCAAACUACCUCUGCUAAUCCCACCAGAGGAGAGGAAGAGGAGCUGCUGUAUACACCCACCGCACACACACCAGCCUGUCUGUCAACUAGAAGCAGAGUGAAACACCUGAGACCAGAUCCAGCAGCAGACUGUGCACCAUGGACUUCCUUUUCCCAUUGCUGUUCUCCCCUCUCCCGACCCCAGCCAUCAUCUCCCUGUUUGCCCUGGCUGCUGCUACCCUGUUUUACCUCAACACACGGCCCAGCCCCCUCCGGAGCCCCGUAGACCUCAACUGUCAAACUCUGGGCAUCAAGGAUGGAGCGAGGAAGACUGCAUUGCUUGAGGAUAACAACAACCUGAUGUCGUAUUACUAUAAUGACGCCAAGACCCUCUAUGAAGUUUUUCAGAGGGGUCUCAAAGUUUCAGGUAACGGACCAUGUUUGGGCUACAGAAAACCAGGAAGGCCAUACCAGUGGCUGAAGUACAGACAGGUGGCUGAUAGAGCGGAGCACCUGGGUUCAGGGCUUCUCCAGAAGGGUUUGAAGCCAAAUCCGGACAAUUUCAUUGGCAUCUUUGCUCAGAAUAGACCUGAGUGGAUUAUCAGCGAACUGGCUUGUUACACCUACUCCAUGGUAGCAGUCCCCCUGUACGACACCCUGGGUCCUGAGGCACUUCUGUUUAUUAUCAACCAAGCGGAGAUCUCCACGGUGCUUUGUGACAAUCAAAACAAAGCAGAAACACUGCUGCAGACCCGGGAGACAGGCCAGACCACAGUUCUCAAAACUAUCGUCAUCAUGGACUCUUUCAACUCUGAGUUGGUCGAGCGAGGAACUAAGUGUGGGGUGGACAUUGUGUCCAUGCAGGAUGUGGAGGCUCUGGGGAAAAGCAAUCUUCAAAAGCCUGUUCCACCAAAGCCAGAGGACUUCAGUAUUGUCUGCUUCACCAGUGGCACUACAGGAAACCCCAAGGGAGCGAUGUUGACCCAUGAGAAUGUGGUCUCUGAUGCUGCAGGUGUCAUCAAAUGCUUUGAGACUGCAGUUGUUCCAAAUACUCAAGAUGUCAGCAUUUCAUUCCUGCCUUUGGCGCACAUGUUCGAAAGAGUCGUACAGACAGUGAUGUAUGGUGCUGGCGCUAAGGUGGGAUUCUUCCAGGGUGACAUCAGACUGUUGCCAGAUGACAUGAAAACCCUGCAGCCCACCAUUUUCCCAGUCGUGCCUCGACUUCUCAACCGCGUCUAUGACAAAGUUCAGAGCGGGGCCAAAUCGCCUUUCAAGAAAUGGCUGUUGAACUUUGCAGUGGAGAGGAAAUAUGCUGAAGUGAGGGAGGGCAUCAUCAGGAACAACAGCAUAUGGGACAAACUCAUCUUCCACAAAGUCCAGGAGUCUCUGGGAGGCCGAGUGCGGGUCAUGGUGACUGGAGCAGCACCCAUAUCUCCCUCGGUUCUCAACUUCCUCAGGGCUUCUCUGGGUUGCCAGAUCUUUGAGGCGUACGGCCAGACAGAGUGCACAGCUGGCUGCACCUUCACCACGCCGGGAGAUGCCACCUCAGGGCAUGUUGGGGUGCCUCUGCCUUGUAAUGUUGUAAAGUUGGUGGAUGUUGAAGAGAUGAACUACUUUGCUUCAAACGGUGAAGGAGAGGUCUGUAUCAUGGGUAGAAAUGUGUUCAAGGGGUACUUGAAAGACCCAGAGAAGACAAAAGAGGCCUUGGAUGAAGACGGUUGGCUACACACCGGGGACAUCGGAAAAUGGCUGCCGAGUGGAGUUCUGAAGAUUAUUGACCGGAAGAAGAAUAUCUUCAAGCUGGCUCAAGGGGAGUACAUUGCGCCUGAGAAAAUUGAGAAUGUAUAUGUACGAAGUGAACCUGUGGCCCAAGUAUUUGUGCAUGGAGACAGUCUACAGUCCUGCCUGGUUGCCAUUGUGGUCCCUGACCCUGAGUUCCUGUCUGGUUUUGCAAAGAAUCUUGGGUGCCAAGGCUCCAUUGAGGAACUCUGCAAAAACACGGAAAUUAUGAAAGCCAUUCUUUCAGACAUGACCAAACUGGGAAAAGAAGCAGGACUCAAGUCAUUUGAGCAG